CUCAAACCUUCUCUACACUGUCUGUGUUUGGAGUUGUAGGGCAACAUUUUGUCAAGUUUUUCAUGUGCGCGUCACAUGGAUUGUGUUUCCCAUUCAUGAUUUCCGGUGGAUCGCGCGGAUACAAGCUGCAGGUCUCAUGGAAGCAGUUACAUGCCACCAGCCAGAUGUGACCCAGAUGUGGAAAAACUGACUAAUGUGAAGCCUCUGGGAUCUCCUCGUUGGUCAUCAUGGGAUGUGGCACCUCCGUUGCUACGGAGACACAAGGGAAAAGAGUGGAGACAGACAACUCGGUUAAGACUCCCAGCCCGGCUCUGACUAUGAAGGCGGCUGUGUUGAUCCAGCGAUGGUACCGGCGUUACAUGGCCCGGCUGGAGAUGCGGCGCAGGUACACCUGGAACAUCUUUCAGUCCAUUGAAUACGCCGGAGAACAGGACCAGCUGCAGCUCUCCAGUUUCUUCAGUUUCAUGCUCGACAACUUCACCCAGCUGAAUGGAAACGGACCAGACUUGAUUUCCCAGCUGCUGGACCCGGUGGUGGACCCCUGGUUAGACCGAGAGACCUGCUACAACUUGAUCCCUGUCCCCGAGUCGUACGGCGGGCCCCGACUCACGUUUCCUCUCUCCGUCUCUGAUACGAAUUCUCUCCUGGGUGCAUUUAAGGAGCAGCAGACUCUGCAUGCCAGGUAUGUUCUGCAGCUGCUGUACGAAACCAAGAAGCUCCUCAAACAGAUGCCCAACAUCAUCCACCUGUCCACAUCCUACACCAAUGAGAUCACUAUAUGUGGUGAUCUUCAUGGGCGGCUUGAUGACUUACUGCUCAUAUUUUAUAAGAACGGCCUUCCGUCUGCGGAGACGCCGUAUGUGUUCAACGGGGACUUUGUGGACCGCGGGAAAAAGUCAGUCGAAGUGGUGAUCCUCCUGUUCGCCUACCUGCUGCUUUACCCCGACUACAUGCACCUGAACCGAGGAAACCAUGAAGACCACAUAAUGAACCUCAGAUACGGGUUCACAAAAGAAGUCAUGCAGAAGUACAAGACUCACGGCCGUGAGAUCCUCCAGAUGUUUCAAGACGUUUUCAGCCUGCUGCCCGUCGCGACAAUCAUUGACGGAAAGAUCCUGAUCGUUCACGGAGGAAUAUCAGACCAGACCGACCUGGACGUCCUCAGCUCCAUAGACAGGCACAAGGUGAAAUCUGCCCUGAGGUUUCCCAGACGCAGUUUGGAGCAGCUGGACAUCAGUCAGUCCUCCAGACAGAUGAAGAGGAUGAGAUCGACGGCCGGCUCUCGUCCCUGCAGCAGCCACAACCAAAGAACUCCCAACAAGAGAAACAGGCGACACAGGCACAGCCGACAAAACAGCGCCGCCUCCACUUCUUCUUCCUCCUCAUCGUCCUCAUCCUCCUCUUCGCUCUGCUCUCCUCGAACACCAUCAUGCCUCUCGCCUCGUCCGUGCCCGGCCUCUCCCAGCAUGCCUUACACUAUCAACGUCCUGCAAGUGCCUUUCCUGGACUCUCUGUCCUCUGUGCGGCCUCCUUCACCUUCACAACUUGAUCGGGAAUGGAAACAGAUAGUGGAUGUACUGUGGAGUGACCCCAAAACUCAAGAAGGCUGCAGUCCCAACACAUUCAGAGGAGGCGGCUGCUACUUCGGCCCUGACGUCACCCAGAGACUGCUGCUCCAGCACGGACUGCAGCUGCUCAUCAGAUCCCACGAGUGCAAACAGGAGGGAUAUGAGCUCUGUCAUGGCGGACAGGUCAUCACCAUAUUCUCAGCGUCAAACUAUUACGAGGAGGGAAGCAAUCGUGGUGCCUACAUCAAAGUGGGCCGAGAACUGAUUCCCCGCUUCUAUCAGUACCAAGUCAGCCGCACGACACGCAAACUCACCCUGACACAGAGAGUGCGAGCUGCUGAAGGCUCGGCUCUCAAGGCCCUGAAGGAGAAGCUGUUCUCUCAUCGCUCCGAGCUGCUGUCGGGCCUCCAGCAGCACGACCAGAACAACACCGGCAGUGUGUCGGUCAGUGAAUGGGCUCAGGUGUUGGAGUCCGUACUGAGACUGGACCUGCCCUGGAGGACACUUCGGCCACACUUAGCCCGUCUGGCACCAGACGGCAGUGUGGAUUAUCAGUCGUGCUUCGAGGACAUGGAACCAGGGAUUCCUCUGCCUCAGGUGACUUCAAACUUGGCUGAAACUCUGUUCAGAUACCGGACAGACAUUGAGAUCAUAUUCAACAUUAUAGACAAAGACCAUUCUGGUCUGAUCUCCAUCGAGGAGUUUCGUCACACCUGGAGACUCUUCAGCGCCCACCUGGGGGUCGACAUCGAUGACAGGGCCAUCGAUGACCUUGCCCGGAGUAUCGACUUCAACAAGGACGGCAGUAUAGACUUCACUGAGUUCCUAGAGGCCUUCAGAGUGGUGCACAAACUGGACAACAAGGAUCAGCAACUCAACGGAAAGACAGACGGAGAGAAAUAUUCAUGAAGGGAAGAACCUGAAUACUACUGCAUGGAAGUCCUGCAUGAGGAGCAGGAAGGAAGGACGGGGGGAAGGCAGCGAUAAGAAGUAAAAAAUAAGCGAUUUGGUGAUUAACCUUUCAAUUAUUGGUGCAUUCGGAUCGUUGAAGUAUUGUAUGAAACUUUAUAGAGACAUUCACGAUCCCCAGAGGAUAAAUCUGUCAGACUUUGUGAGCCCCUGAGUUUUCAUCUAGCACCACCUGCAGGCUAAAGACUUCAGUAGAGUGAAAUAUCUCUACAUCGACUGGAUGGAUUGGCAUCCGUUUUUGGUACAGACCUUCAUGUUUCCUAGAUGAUGAAUCCUAAUUACUUUUUUUUUUAAAUCAUUUUUGGCAUGAAAUGACUCAAGAAACAUGAAAAAUUGGAUUAAUUUUAAUGGAAAUUGCUAUCAUGUAUAAGGUAAAUGGUAAAUGGCAGCAUUUGUAUAGCCCUUUUAUUCAAAGUGCUUUAUAAGAGGCCCUUUUCACAUCACAUUUUGACUGGUCACAAUAGGAAAAUCACAGGUAUCAAUACUUGAUUAAAUCUGAAGUCCAUUCAGAGCAGCUAUGGCACACUUAAUGAGCAAUAAUGAGCAUUUUACUGCAGCAAGGUCUGACAGGACUAAGAUGCAAGGAAAAGAUGCAAGUAAGGGAAACGUGGAUGCAAUUAAGAGACACAAGAUGCAACCAUGUCUAUGUUGGGUCCCAGGCUGCAGGAAGAGCAGCAAGGCCAAACUCUGCUUUUGGCUGGGGUAGAAGCUCUUUAGAUUUAGAUUAGAUUAGAUUAGAUUUAUUGCCCCCAAGGGGAAAUUAAUUUUCACAGCACUGUACACUUGACAGAUAACAGACGAUCGGCAUUAAAAUCACACAACACAUGACAGAGAAACAUAAAUGGCAAAUAAACAUAUACUCUGUGUUCAUCGCACUCUUUUGUUUAAUGUAGCAAUGGCUGCAGGGAUCAGGCUUUUUCCAAGGUGAGCCCUUUUACACCAUAUAUUUCUGUACCUCCGAUCGGAAGGCAGUGGGGUGAGGUACUGGUUGAGUGGGUGUGUAAUGUCCUGCUCUAUUGUGGUUGCAAUGCAUGAAAUGGCCCUGUUGUUCAGUUCUGUGAGACUGGGUGUUGGAAGUCCGAUUAUUUUGGCAGCAGUGUUGGUGAUGCGUAUGAGUUUGGCCCAGUUGGUGACAGUUGACAUGUUAAAGAAGCAGGAGGUGCAGUAUAUGAAGGUUGGCUGGAUGAUGCCUUGGUACAGCAGUAGGAGAAGACAAGGGGACACAUACGGUCCUUUGAGUUUAUGGAUUACAGACAGCCUUUGUUGGCACCUUUUGAAGAUGUCGGUGGUGUGUUGGUUGAAACCAUGUUUAUUGUCCAGUGUUACUCCCAGGUAUUUAAAACUGUCAACCAUUGCAAUUUUUUGGUUGUUGAUGGUAAUAGGGUGUUUUAUUGUGGGGAGGCCGAUGAUGAUUUCUUGUGUUUUACUGACAUUAGAAUGGAGAUGGUUGUCCUCACACCACUUGGUGAAGUGUGUGAUGAUGCUGUGAUAAUCCAGGACUGGAUGAUUGUCUGUGAGCAGGGCAAGAAUGGCUGUGUCGUCGGAAUACUUGAGGUAGGUGGUGAUGGUUAAAGGACUGGUGCAGUCAUUGGUGUAGAGUUUGCGUGUGGUAUUUUUUUACAUUUCAAUUUUUGUUGAGUUCUUCAUCUUAUCUUCUACAUUUUGCUAAAAACCUAGUUAUAGCAAUCGAUUCCAAGUCUUGGAAGAAAAUAGAGAAUUUAUUAGAGCAUGGAUGGAUGUGUUUGUUUUUCUUCACUGCCAGUGCUUCUGACUUAGCAGUAUUAGCAGGUUUGGGCCAAAAAUGGCUCUUUUUUAAUAUAAAAAGGUUGCUGAACCCUGGUGAAUAUUUGUCUCCUUGCUGUUUACUUAUGUAGGUCUUAUGGAGGCAUCAGUAUUAAACUGAGUCUAUCUGUGGUGCAAGUUGGCUUCCUAUCACUUUCACUCAAACUCUUGCACAUAACAGAGCAAUUCUUAGUGUUACAAGUAACAGCUGUGCUUUACCUACUAUGACAACUCAAAAUGUCUAAGAAAAAGGUCUAUUUGCCUCUCACUCACCCAUUCUGACCAUGCAAGGUCCUGACUGGACCAUUGGGAGCAAUUUGGGGUUCAGUGUCUUGCUCGACAGUUAAGUCACUGAGAACCCACACAAACCUUGACCAAGUAUAAGAAAUAAAAAAAGCGAGUUAGGGCUGCAUAUUUUCAAUUCUUUUAGAGAUGACAGCUGUACUAAAUCAGACUUGUGAAAAAAAUGGUGUACAGCAGAUAAACUGCAGGAGUACCAGUGUAUUCCCACACAGUGUAGUAUUACAUGAUGACUAGAAACACGUUAGAGUUUCAGCUGGUGUGUGUUCAGCUGUUUACCAAAAAGGAAUAAAAAGGUUUUUUUAAA